CGCUGUCUGUCACAAACUACUAUCUGCGUCGUUUCCAGAUGUUUGUCGGUUGGAUUUUUGCGUGUGUUUCGCUGUUAAGUCAUUGUUGCGUUACACAUCCAAGAAGCUGAAAGAACUACGUGUCCGAGAAACACUUCCUCGUCAAUAAAAACACGAGCUGUUGGACAGAUUUACUGAACGAAUGACUUAACGAUCAGAACGCUGUUUCUUAACACGCAAUUGCUCAGAAUCGUCGAAUUGUGCCAUGAAACGUCGUUCUUCGAGAAAGGAACAUUUAUUUUGCAACAUAAGUCUCUGUUGACAAAUCUGUUUCUCGACAAGAUAACCUCUUAGAGAAUAUUAUUGCAGUCUUUUUUGCUAUAUCUAUUUUGAAUAAGAUGUCUUUGAUCGAAGGAGUGGGUGAUGAAGUCACAAAUUUUUUUAUUAUCAUGAGUAUACUAUUUGUGGGAUGGCUCGCUUGGUGUUCAACAAGUAUAGCUGAUCAGCCUCUAAUACGCACAGUACUCAUAUUGCGUGAUCGGACACCAGCACGCAUCACGACAAUAAGAACGAAUCAGCAAAACACAAGUAAUCUUAGUCAUCAAGCUGGUCAACCUCCCAAUUCUGAAACAACAGAAGAAGAAACAGCAGAAGUAGUUUCCAGUGAUAGUGAUAAUAUCCAAUCAGACUGUCCAAAUGCAGCUGCCACGGAUACGAGUGAAACUACUCAAGAAAUAACCAGACCAGUGGCAUCUACGACGGAAGAAGUACUUAUCCAAUCUAUGGACUCAUUCAGUAACGAUGGCCCAUCGUUGUUACAAAGAUCUGUUAAGGCAGAUGAUUCUGAACAAUCAUGCACUGAUUCAUCAGAAAAUACAACUUUAAAUGAGAAUAGCAACGAGAUCACCAUAAAAUUAAAGCUCAUGAAUGAUGAUCAGAAGUUAGUGACUGGCAGUCUUAAAGAAAUGCUCGGCGAUUUCAAAAGGAGGCACUUUCAAAUGGAAUUAGAGGCCCAUAAAUCAGUGCGAUUAAUAUUCAACGGCCGAGUAUUGCAGCCCGACACUCAAACCCUUGAGCAAUGUGGAUUGUUUAACGAUUGCGUGGUCCACUGUUGGGUGGUACAGCCGCGGCCAGCCGUUGUACCGUCGUCACAGACGUCCACAUUGGAUAAUUCGUCAUCCAUCUAUUUCAAUUCUCAGCCGUUGUCGGACCUGCCGUCCGGCACGGGCUUCAGCUCGGUGCACACUGAGUGGGAUCUGAGCCGACUCCUAGUAAGCAUCUUAACGAUCGCUCUAGGUUUCGCAUGGUACUCGCGAUACCAUUACGCUCAACUCUUCACCGCGACGACCACGCUCGCGCUCUAUCUGCUAACCGCGAUCUUCACCGUUUCCUUGUUUAGUAACUUUUUUCCCGAUCAAGAUAACAUUCGGAAUGUCGAAUGAAACUAUUUUAGUGUCGAUGACACUAUUAUGCUUUGUAUAUGUUAGCACCUUACAUGUAAUUGAUUUAAUAUAUGAUUUAACGUACAAUGUACAUUGGUUUGAAAGAUGAUCGAUCGAAUAGUAGUCUCCGUCACUGAGCAUUUGCUUUUAGCGUAAUAUUUUCGAAAAGUUAAUGUACAACACCGACAAAUUUAGUACAGUUUGCAAUUUCCAUCAUUCUGAUGAAUGUUAAUCUCGGAUCUUAUUCCAACGAUAUUCAAGUUGUUUAACCGAAAAAGAAUUGUAUAAUGUAAUGCACAUUUCUAUUUGCUAAAACUUGUUUUCUACAGACACAGAAAACUAAAAUUAUCUCGUAAAAUUACAUAUAUUUUUUGUAGAAAAUUUAAAAGAAAACUUUACAGAAAUGAUAUCUGCCAUUUUAACAUACAUACAUUUUGCAACAAAUAUCACUAUAUGAUGUUUCUAACAUACGAUAUUACAUUACAUGACAAUUGGAAAAAAAAUAUAUAUUGUAUAAUUGAAAAAUAUAUAUAUAUAUAUUAUGUAAUUUUUCUUUACAAAUAUAAUACUAAAAGGAUAACACUGUCCAAUGAAGAAAUAUGAAAACAUUAGUAAUGUAUUUAUUUUGAUUAUAGUUAAUUGUUAUCAGUUGUGAUUAAUUUCAAUUGUGUAAAAAUAUUUUCCAACUGGGUUUAGUUACAAUUAUUUUUUUUUGUCAUUUUUAUAAUAUGUUAUAUUGUUGGUGCUAUGUAAAAUCGCACAUAUCAAAUUAUACGUUGUAAAUGUUUUGCCUCGCCGAGUUCAAUGGAAUUGAUUUAUAUAUUUAAGGCAAUGCAGAGAAAUGUGAGCAAUUCUGUCUAAUGAUAUGCGAGUGGCAACUAAUAUAACACGAGUAUAAAGCAAAUGCAGUUGAAUCGGUGCUGUACGGAUGAUAAAUGGAAAAAAUAAGAAAGUUACAUCACUCUACGAUUUAAAACAUCACAAACUAAAAGUAUCGGUGCUUGCUUACGCGUGCAAUUCAUACGUGAGAAGUAAUUGCGUAAUGCGUCAAUAAGGUUAAUCCCUUUUGAAAGCUAGAUGACUGGAUAGGUGGAUAUAAGAAACCGAUUUCGAGAAGAGCAUAAAAACACAAGUAUAAUUUUUACCAAGUAUUUAGGCUAUAAUGAAACGACGGGCAACAUAGUGGUGUAUCCUAUUAUCCCUGUGACUUACUGUAUUAUAUCGUUUGUUAAAGAGUCGAAUUCAUAAUUAUAUUACGAUUGUUUUACCUAAUGCUAAUAAAUGUCUAUUUAUUUGAUAUUUUUAUUA